ACUUGAGUCGCGAUCAGCUUUGUUGUCCCUUUUACAUCCUGCAGCAAAGUUCACAUCCCACGGUACCGAGGUGAUUUUUUGACCACCCAAUUCGACAUCUUGGGUUGCAUCAAUUCUUUUUCUGGACAUAUUUUCCACCCAACAAAUCAUCAUGGCGGACAAGCUGGACCGCAGCCUUGACGAGAUCCUUGGCGAGAAGAAGAGCGACGGCCCUCGCAACAACCGUGGAAACGGUAGAGGUGCCCCCCGAAGACGCGAACGCGAACGCCAGGAAUAUCCUCGCGACGGCGUUAGAAAGUCCUUCCGUGACGAGCCUAGAAACCUCGAUAGUGAAUGGGUUCACGAUCGAUUCGAAGAGCACGACAACCGCCGUGCGCCGGCCCCUCGACGGAGACGCGAUGAGCCUGAGCAGAGAGAUUCGAGCAGCUCGAAAAUCCGCGUCGAGAACAUCCACUACGAGUUGACUCCUGACGACUUGGAGGAAUUGUUUAACAGAAUCGGCCCUGUCGCGAAGUUGGAUCUCAAGUAUGAUCGCGCUGGUCGCUCCGAGGGCGUUGCCUUCGUUACGAUGGAGUCCCGCGAGGAUGCUUUGGACGCGAUCAAGCAGUUUGAUGGUGCUAAUGCUAACGGCCAACCCAUCAAACUGUCAAUCAUUGGCGGUGGAGCUGGCGGUCGAUCUCGCAACCCCUUUGACUCGGCGGUGAUGCCGGGCCGUCCACUUGCAGAGCGAAUCUCUGCUCCCGGCGGUCGCUCGAGAUCCAUGUCUCCUGGACGAAGAUACGAUGUCGACGAGGCUGCUGAGAGAGGCAUUGACAGAUACGUCCCCGGAAGCCGUGGAAACCGUUCGCGAAGCCCUAUGCCCCGCCGGCGCGGAAACGGUGCCGGCGGUGGUGGACGCAGACCUGGAGCUCGCAGAGAGGGCGGUAGAGAUGGUGGCAGAGACGGUGGUAGAGAUGGCGGCAGGGACCAAGAAGGUGGAAGAGGCGGCCGCUCGGGUAGAGACGGCCGUACUCGGAAGACACAGGAGGAACUGGAUGCCGAGAUGGCUGACUACUUUGGCGGAGGCAACUCCGGAGAGUCUGCGCCUCAGCCGAACGGUGGCGCUGCCGCUGCCGCGGUACCCGCCGCGAACGACGAUAUUGAUAUGAUCGAGUAAAACCCUGGUCCAGCUCAGUCUGACCUUGGUUUAUGCUACACGGAAUGUCUCGGGCUAGUCGCCAGACCAAGUUACGAGAGAGGAGAAGCCUGGUUGAGAACCGUGGAAAGCCAGUUGUCAGAAAACCCCCCAUUGUGCGCCUUCACCAAUAGCAUCGUGGACCCUUAACUAUAGAAGUCAACAAUAACACCAGCAGCUUGUUGAAGAACCUGAUCUGAAUCCGGAUUACAGUCCGCGCAUGGUCCAAAAUCAGGGACUCGAGUGAACCAGGGCA